UUUUAAACCAAGUCCACGGCUUUAUCUGUCCAUUGAUCGAAGUCCUCUUUGUCUCACCAUGCAGACGGACUCUCCCCACCAUCCUUCCUCCUCAUUGAGGCCGAAUGCUGGAAAAGCCGCAGCUGCAUCGCUGCCAUACGCGCAUAUGCGACAUGCAGACACCAUUCGCCCUGUUGGCUUGAACGUCUUCGGGUCAGCCGAACAGCCUGUCCCUCUCUAACUUGCUCAACCCAAUUAGUUCCACGGCUUAUGAAGUUGUCUCACCGCAGGGGUAGACGUUCUGGCGAGGAGGCACCCUUGAUGAAUACAAAUAUACCGUCCUCCCCUCAGGACUUCGUCUGACAACGUUGUCAAGUCUCUUCGGUUGUCUAUCUCGAGCAUUUCCCAUUCUAGUUCAUCUCAGCCUCCUUGUCUCGCAUUGUUGGCGUAUAAGUAUGGCUCCUCUGCAGAAAGUGAUCGUGGUUUACGGUGCCACUGGUGUCCAGGGGCGAUCCGUCGCCCUCUCCCUCCUCAAGAGCCAGCAGAACUUCGCCGUCCGGGCACUAACUCGGAACCCCCAGUCGGAAAAGGCGAAGGAAUUGGCCCGGCUAGGGGCUGAGGUGGUCAAGGCUGAUGGAUUCAACGAUAACGACAUGCAGAAUGCCCUGUCUGGCGCCUGGGGAUUCUGGCUCAACACCCACCACCAUGACCCAGCGGUAACGCAACCCGGUGGCCCGACUGACGAAGAUCUCGGCAACCGCCUCAUCGAGAUUGCGGCCAAGGCAGGCGUAAAGGUCUUCAUUUACAGUACCUGCGAGUCUCCUGCGAUAUUCACCAAAGGCGUCGCGCCCGUUCCGGGCAUGGAUGCCAAACACCGAUGUGAGCUGUAUGCUCGAACCUUCAAGGAAUUCGACGCCGUCAUUGGCGCUUUCCCCGGGUGGUACUUUGAGAACUAUGUCACUCCCGAGUAUGCGCAGGCCUUCGGUGGCUUCCCUAUGUUCCCAGACGACGAGGGCUACCUGACCUGGCACGCUCCCUUGGUGGGCGGCGAAGGCAAGGUCCAAACGGUCUCCAUUGAGGACGAUUUUGGUGAGAUGGUGCACGGAAUGUUCCUGAACCCGCUGAAGUGGAAAAAUAAGACCAUUCAGUGCGUGAGUGAUGCGUUCACAUAUGAGGAUAUGGUGAAGACGUUCACUGAGGUCACGGGGAAGAAAGCUCGCUACGUUCCCAUGGCCUCGGCGGAUGACCUCCCAACCCAUGGUAGCACUGUCCUCAUUGAGUUGCAGGACGUCUUCAAAUACACCCAGAACAACAAUGGCUGGUUCUUCGGCAACCCCGACGACUUCGCAACCUGCCAGUCACUCAAGGACGAGGCCCGCCGGGAUAAGGGUCUUGAGCCGGAGCCGGUCAUUUCCAUGACCAAGUACUUCAUCAAGCACUACGGACCCAACUAAACCGGAAGGAUUGGAGGCAAGAUGCAGCGCUGUUUCAACUUGCUAGAGAGACGUUUAUGUGCAACAUCAAAAAUAGCGAAUAAUACCAG